GUUUGGUAUUUUCAGUUGCUGUACUGUGCCAUGGUCAGUAGACUACAAAGAGUUUCAAAAUGUGGAUUAUAUUCUGGCUACUCCUGUGUCUGACAGCCUCCACUAAAGGCAGUGACACCAGUAUGUAUGGUGAGAUCCAUUCUCCAAAUUACCCACAUGGUUAUCCAAACAAUGUUCACCAAAGCUGGGAUAUUUCAGUGCCUAAGGGUUUUAAAAUUCAUAUCAACUUCAUGCAUGUGGACAUAGAGGCAUCACCAGGUUGUGGAAAAGACUAUAUGAAGGUCGCUGAUGAAGACCAAGAUUUGUUUAUCAUAUGUGGCAGAUUACUGAUGCCACUUGGAAAGAUUCCAUCACUCACGGAGAUUGAAUCACCCUCCAACAAAAUAACAGUGACGUUUCACUCAGACUCUUCCAAUGAGGACUCCUUCACAGGCUUCAUGGCUUACUAUGUUGCUAUUGAUAUCAAUGAAUGUGAGAACUCCGGAAAGGACAUAUGUAAUCAUUACUGUAACAAUUAUUAUGGUGGCUUCCGCUGUGGAUGCCAUUAUGGAUACUUCCUUCAAGAGGACCAAACAACGUGUACAGCAUCGAAGCAGUGCCCAGAGUCAGUGAUUCCCGACAGCAGAAUGCAGCCCUUUUUAUCCAAGCAUUUGUCUAAAAUCAUAAUGAAUGUCACUUGCCUUGAAGGCUAUGAAAUGUAUCAUAACAAAGCCCGCAUAACAGCUUUUUCAUCUGAGUGCCUAGAAAAUGGAACGUGGACUAAUUCAUUCCAUGAAUGCAAACCUGUUGACUGUGGACCUCCUGAACAGGUUGAUAAUUCUGUUGUAGUAUACCUGACAGAAUCAGAUGUAGACACAUUUGGAGCCAAGAUUCAAUACAUGUGUGAAGAACCUUAUUACAAAAUGGAUGGCAAAGCAGAUGGAAUUUACCACUGUGCUGCAGAUAUAAUGUGGAGAAAUGCAAAAACUGGGAUUAGCCUUCCUACUUGUAUUCCAGUUUGUGGAAAUGUUACAAAUCCACCCCAGCCUAUCCAGAGAAUCAUUAAAGGAGAGUUUGCAGAAGAAGGAAACUUUCCAUGGCAGGUCUACUUUGAGAUACCACGAGCUGGGGGAGCACUAAUUGGGGAACAGUGGGUCCUUACUUCAGCAACUGUAGCGGAACAAGAUGGACUUACAAUGUACAUUGGGACAAUCAAUGUUGGAAGAGAAGCACUAAAAGCUGCCACUGAAAUUAAGCCUGAAAAGAUUUUUCUACAUCCAAGCUAUAACAUAGUCACAGAAGGAGAAAGACGGUACAACUAUGACAAUGAUAUUGCUCUGAUUAAACUUAAAGAUAAAGUUAAAAUGGGAUACCAGAUCUCCCCUAUAUGUAUUCCUAAUGAGGGAGAAGAGUUUGAGUUGCUGCAAGGAAGAAUGGGCUUCAUUUCAGGGUGGGGACGUACUGAAAAAGGAUACCUGAGCCAGCGAUUGAGAUACGCACAAAUUCCUGUAGAAAAUAUGAAUACUUGUAAGCAUCAUAUAUUUCUAAAUAAAAAUCCAGAGACAAAGAAACUUGUUUUUACAGAUAAUAUGUUCUGUGGUGGUCUUAAAGGUAUAGAUAGCUGCCAAGGAGAUAACGGGGGAGCCUAUGCAUUUAAAAGUGAUGACAGCACUUACUUUGUUGGUGGGAUAGUGUCAUGGGGGGUUGAAUGUGGUAGUUAUGGAUUCUAUACAAAGAUGAAAAAUUAUAUUGAGUGGAUCAAUAAAACUAUUACUGAAAACAGUCAUGCAUAAAUAGGUUCGGCAAAUAGUAAAUAAACCACUUGUUGCUAAAUCAUUGUAAAAUUUGAAUACAAUGUUACAUAUCUAUUGAUGGAAAUUUAUUUUAAAAAUACAUGUGUGCAUUUUAUAUACUGAGAAAGCAACACGUAGAAAGAAAUGAUGGUUACAUAUGAUAAAUGACUAAGACAGAUUAUGAAUUAACCAGGCUUGAUCAAAUAUAAAUGUUUUUCAGCAAAAAAAAAAAAAAAAAAACUGAAAUAAAAUGAAACAUCUGAAAGACACAAGAAUAACAGAUUGGGGAUAAUGCAAAAGAUAAAAAAAUGAAUUUAAUUUAAUGGGCAAAGACACAUCUACCACACGAAAAAAAAAAAAAACUUAUAUAUAGAUAUAUAUACAUAAAUCAAGCUGAGAAACAUGAGAAACAUACCAUGCAGGUAUUAAUGAUAUCUGUAUUAUAUCAGUGAAAAUAUAUCCUGUUAUUUUGUCCUGCUAAAAAAAUGUCUGUCAUUGGGAAAAAAAAAACACGGUUUAUUGAACUGGAACAUCACAUCUUCUAAAAUGCAUGUAAUAGAAAAAUAAAUAGUGAUGUGAAAAUA